AUGAUCCCGUACUAUGGGCGACACGGAGCGAAACAGUUUAUUCGUGGGAAACCAAUUAGGUUCGGUUAUAAGAUGUGGGCGUUAACGACAGCACUUGGAUAUGUUUUACAAUUUGAGCCCUAUCAAGGGGCAAAAGGCCACCAAACCCAUGAUCCUGGCUUCCUUGGAAUGGGCGGAGCAGAAGUUAUGGACCUGCUUUCAGAGCUGCAGAAAGAUGAUGCAUACCAUCUGAAUUUUGAUAAUCUAUUUACUUCCCUGAAGCUCGUGGACCGGCUUACAGAUAUGGGAAUAUCUUGCACAGGAACCAUCCGUGCCAACCGAAUAGAAGAUUGUCCUGUCAAAAAUGUAAAAGACAUGGGAAAAACGCAACGAGGAAACUAUGAUAAAAGGUAUGACGCACACAAAGGUCUGAUAGUGGUGAGGUGGAAUGACAACAAUAUAGUGAAUGUGGUGUCAAAUUGCCAUGGAGUUUAA